UCCACGUGUCGUAUCCUGCGACGUCCCCUCCCCGGAUCUUCGCCGUUCACUUUUUUUCCUCUCCGCAGUGUGAGGCUUUCGCUAAUCCGACGACGUCUGGCAUGGCGCGGACGUGCGCCGCCGAUGCCGUUGACUUCUUACACGUCGUGGGCGUUUUGUUUUGCACCUGUGAGUGUGUGUGUCUGUGCGUGCCUUACGUGGGCACGUUUGUGCGACGGUGAGUGGAUUCAGCGAGGUCGGCGGGAAUUCCGUUGAGACGUCCGUCCUCCGUGUGAGUGAAUGAUCGAGGGACGAGCAGUGGUGGCCGCGACGGCGGUUGCUUCCCCAACAGCCGAAGCGGUGAAGGGAAAUGCUUCGUGAUAUCUCUUAGAGGAACGACGCCGUGUCUGAAUACCGUCUCCCGCCGGGCGGCACCAGCCAGAACGCCAUGUUCGUCAAAAUGAGGGAGCCCCUUGCGGACGAUGUCUUCAGCCCCGAAUCAUCACCCAAGCGGCUGUGCCUUGACACCGAGUCGCGGAACUCUUGCGACGUAGACACCAUAGCCCGCAUCAUGACACCCACGCCGCCGCCCGAGUCCCCCAUGAAGCAGCCUCUCCAGGACGUCACCCUCCGUUGUAACAACAGUGGCAGCUCGUCGCCCUCGCUGCCGCCUUCGCCCGGCACCCCCACUAAGUCAGUGAACAACUUCUCGAGGAGUCCGUUGGAUGACCCCAUGACGCCGACGGCUCGACUCAAGCUCUUGUCCCGCCUGGCAGCCGAGCGAUUGCCCUAUGCGAGUGGCGAAAACGGAAUGGAUGACGAGCUCUCCAACCACAGCAGCAACUCUGAGAACCAGAGGCCGACCAGUCGAAAAGAGAAGUCCCUUGGCUUGCUUUGUCAGUCAUUCCUGGCCCUUUAUCCGGAGUACACGGAACCGUCGGACGUCGUUAUCGUGUCUCUAGACGAAGCCGCCAAACACUUGAGUGAGUGUUGCAACAGGGAGACCAAACAUGUGGAGAGGCGGCGAGUGUACGACAUUGUCAACGUUCUCGAGAGUGUCGGCAUGGUCACCAAAGAGGCCAAGAACAAGUACCGCUGGUUUGGCAAAGGGGCGCUGCUGGACACCCUGCCAAAACUCAAGGCUCUCUCCGAGAAAAGCAACAUGGCUGGCCAAAUCCACUCGGUGAAGGACUUUGAGUUUAACCAUUCCCUCGAGAUGAGCAGCCAGCUGUUUGUGGUGCCCUCCAACGAGGCCAUCAACUCUGGGCGGGUCACGGCGGCAUCCAUGGUCGGUGACAACGGAAAGCUGGGCGAAGGCGGUGGUGCGGCUGCCGUGCAGGACGUGGAACUGCGCCGAGAAAAAUCCAUGGGCAUCAUGAGUCAGCGCUUUCUGAUGCUCUUCCUGACGUCGCCGCCGAAAACCGUAAGCCUGGAUUUGGCUGCCAAAGUGCUCAUCGGGGACCCCACCGUUGACAAGACGCAGUCUAUAGUCUAUAAGACCAAGAUUCGGCGGCUAUACGACAUUGCCAACAUCCUGACAAGCCUGGGACUCAUCCGCAAGGUCACGGUGACGGAGUCCCGGGGCCGCAAGAGCGCAUUUAAGUACAUCGGUCCUGACAUUAGCACGGCCAGCACGGACGAAGAUGUUCAGGUCCAGACACAGUCACGGCACUCUCUUGUGGCCACUGGAUUUUCGUUCAAGAAAAUCUCCAAGUCAAAAGCAGAUGACAAUGCAACAUUGAGGUCGCGGUCUCCGGGUUCCAACAAGUGCACCGCUCAAGUUCUGGAGCUGCUGCAGAGAACACAAGAACGUACGAAGCGCGGCCCAUCGCGGCUGAUGCGUACACACAGCGACGACGUUUCAGCACCUUCGCGGAAGUGUCGGCGUGGAUCCCAGACGGCUGCGGCUUCCAAGCCCGCGUCGUCGUCAAAGACGCUGGCGCGACAUGCCAGCUUCCACGACAUCUGCGAGGUCGCCGAGAUGGAGCGGCGCCGUCUGUACUCCGAAGAAGAAGAGAGCCAUUCAUCCACCCGAGACAGAUUGUUCGGGGACGCCAAUGCUGUGACCGGUGCUAACAAGUCCUCUGGUGGAGUGGAAUCUGCAGUUGGUGGAGCUUCCCCAGGCAAGUCACCUGCUUCUAACUCUAAACAGGCUGAAGCCAAGGAGGGCGAACCGAGUGGCUCGACCGAGUCGCACGUGAUCACCCUGUCGGAAGAGCAGUAUAGGAGUUUGCUGCAAUCGCUGAACCUGCCGAUCCACUCCAAGCCCAUCAUCAGCAUUCAGCAAGAGAAGAAGGCCGAAACACCAUGCAAGUGUUUGGGCGGCCAGCAGCCGCAGACUCCCCAGCCAGCUGUGCCACAACCAAUGCCGGCACAGCAAACAUUGGUGAUGCAGGCACCAGCAGUGCAGACGUCAGCAGCGCAGACGUCAGCAGCGCAGACGACGGCAGUGCAGACGCCGGUGCCUGUUGUACCAGCACAGCAGACACCAGGGCAGCAAACAACUACCGUGCUGGCCGCGACUGAAGUGUCGACUAUUUUGACUCCCACGUUCCGCUGGAUCAUCGAGCACGACCAGCGGACGCCGUCGGGGAGUGGUGCCACAGAAGAGGUGAUCACGGCAGUGGCUCUGCCAGCCGCUGCCCGGAAACUGACGUAUGACAGCGCUCCGACCACGCCGGCUUCUCCGGGAGCCGCCGAGGAGAGUGUGGUCCUCAGUGUAACGGCGGCAGAUGCGACAGACGACUCGGCCAUCACGCUGCCAGCUACAACAACCGGGCCAGCAGCUGGCACAGUAACGCCGCUUACCCCUAACUACUACGCGUGUUUUGUUCGCGGUCCCUCAUCCUCGCCCGAGGUGUUGCCUCUGGUCACUACAGGCACGUCUUCCUCUUCGCCGCAGAUACCCAUUUUCUCACCAACCAAUUGCAUGCUCACGCUGUCGCCCGUCGUUCUCGGGGCGGCGCACCACGGCCAAGCGGCGAUGUCGACGAUCACUCUCCCGGCGGGAACGAGGCUCUUGACUGCCACCACGCCGGCAGCAGCACCGGCAGCUCCUGAGAAAAAGGCUUCUACGGCUGCGCGUAAGUUAACGCUAACAAAGUAGGCACAUUAUUUAAAAAGCGCUAGUUAUCCUCAGCAAAAUCUGCCGGUGAACCUUCACGUUUUUGCGCUGGUGGCUAUGGAAAAAUUUUCAGACGGAAUUCAAGUGCACAAGACAUACAAGAAAAAAAUUAUUGACAAAUAAGAAACAAGAUGUUUAAAUUGAAGACUUUGGGAUGCAGUGGAGCUUAAAUUACUAACGGCUUAGCUCAAGGUACUGUCUGGUCAGUCGAAAAACACUUCGAGGUGACUCGGGAUCUAGUGGUGUGGCUGUUACGAACAGAAUCUGAACUGGCAUGGCAUGUGCUGUAACUUGCGGUGCGAUUUCAUCUGCUGCAUCUGCAGUGCAAGCGACGUUGACGAAGCAAAGCAACGAGGGGCUCCAAUGCCGCUGGAUCAUUUUUCGCUCUGUGGCCACGCGCCGUCCGCCCCCCUCGAGCAACGCCCCGAACGAGUGAAGAGGUCUGUUUCGUUCCUCAAUCGUUAUGCAACAACGGGUGUGGUGAGGCGUUCCUUUCGUGGGCUACAAAGCAUGCGUGUGUGCGGUGUACGACGUUCACAGAUCUCUCCGCGCUUCUUCAAUGCACCAUCAAGGGGAGGUUAACAGAAGACGUGUGGUGUGCAGAGUGUGUUGGGAUUGGAAAGUUUUGUGCUUCUUUCACGGUGCGAUGGAACACCGAUGAAAGGACGGCAGUCGUGCUUUGUACCGCGCGUCGAGAAAUGUGACCAAGUGAAGUUUCGUGGCGUAUCCACCGCAGUCCAACUGUUCUGAAGUGUUCCCAGCUUCUAAAGUCUGAGGAUUCAUCAAACUUGGCCACUGUUCUCGUGUAUGUGCUACGUGUUUGCGUGCCACACGAUGUUGUUCUGCUACGUGAGCGUCUUACUGCAGCAGCACAAAAGAUGCACCGAGAACGCCGAACCUUUCGAGAUCCGAGUGCAAGGUGCAACUGAAAAGUUUUGCCGCAACGUUGCGGCCACAUCAUUAGCCUUCAAACAUUUUUGUGCCGUCGGCUGCUUCUGCACAUAUGCCAUUGUGCAAAAGCUGCACACCCUUGUCUUGUUGUCGAGCUUAACGUGUCUUUUUUUUUUUUUGUUAUUUUUAAAUGUUCAAGAGAUGUUUUUUUUUUUUUUUUCAAUUUACUUCACCACUUGUUACGCGCCCGGUAUUACUGUUUGGGCAUUGUUGGGGAGUGGCGAGCUCAAAGGCCCUCAAAGGGUUUUAGGCUUGGCUGACGUUGCCAUCCAUGACAUUUCAUUUUUGCCCAAUUUGGUAUUCUCGUCAUGAUUCUCAUUUUCCUGUCACCUUUUUUUUUUGUUUCAUCAAGCACAUCACUUUUGGGUUUGAUUUGAAAGGGUUGUUUAAAGUUCAUACUUAGUCACUGUUCAGGCAUGGAAAGAAGGGUAUAGGUUCAGGGCGUCCCACACCGCAUGCCCACUGUCAUAUUAUUUGUUGUUGUUUUUUUAAGUGGUAAUGGUUCCGGGAUGAAUGUGCAUUCCCACUGGGCAGCACGUCAGUGUUGACUUUUAUUUAUUUGCACAGGCACUUGUAAAUAGUAGUCCUAAAACAUUCAUGAUUCUUCUUCCCGCUCCAAUUUUCGCGACGUCAGUGACUGUCAGAGAAUUCUUCUGGACUUUCUGUCAAGACUGCUUAGUUUCACCGUACGAAAUUGGCUGUUUAUUUUAUUCUUUUUUUUUUUUUGGCUGAUUGGUCACUGAUGUAAAACCCUCUUAUCCUUGAUGUAGCUUUGCAGAGAAGCGAUGAAUUCAACUAAGAAAUAAAGUACUAUAUAAGUGCCAAGUCUUUGGCUUGGCGAAUGGAA